AUGACCUUUGCCCAGGUGAAGGACAUGUACAUGUUGAUGGUUCUGGCCACGGCAGGCCACGGGCAGCUGAAGAAGACGGGCAGUGCCACAGUGAGGGUGUCGGUGACCGAUGAGAACGACAACUCUCCCCGUCUGAUCCAGGCGAGGGCUUUCCUGGCCGUGAGAGAGAACCUUCCGGCGGGUUCAGGGUUCGGACGGGUGUUGGCUACGGACCGCGACACGGGCCUCAACGGCAGGCUCAGUUACAGACUUUUACACCCAGACAGACACUUCCAGAUCAACUCACACACAGGUGAGAUCAGUACCCGUGUAGGUCUGGACAGGGAGCAGCAGAGUAGUUACCAGGUGUUGUUGGUGGUCCAGGAUGGAGGUACUCCCCCGCGCAGCGCUACAGGGACAGCCUUCAUCACCGUCCUGGAUGAGAACGACAACACUCCCUCCUUCAGACACAGCCAGCCUGGCAGAGGACUGACCAUGCAGGUGGUGGAGGGCCAGGCAUCAGGUCUACUGCUGGGGAAAGUACAGGCCAAUGACCCUGAUGAGGGAGAGAACGGCACUGUGUACUACUCCAUGUCAGGUCCCAGAGCAGAGUGUUUCUCUCUGAACCCCACUACAGGUGAACUGCGUUCCUCCUCUCCUCUGAGUCGCUCUGACAGAGCUGAGUACAGCUUCACUGUGACCGCCACUGACCGAGGCCAGCCAUCUCACAGCGCUACCUGUACACUACACAUACAGGUCCAGAGUGCGAGCAAAGCUCCUUCCAAAGCCAACUCCCUCUCCAUGUCCUUUAAUUCCGUCGAGGAGGCCAAACCAGGCUCUAUGAUUGGCUCUGUGAGGUCACAUGAUGGCUUUGAGCUCCCUGAGGCUGGUCAGGUGACCUACACGGUGGUGGGCGGGUCAGACCGAGACGGAACGUUCAUGGUGGACCGUCAGACAGGUGACGUGUACCUGGCGAGGGAGCUGGAUUAUGAGCGCUCCGCCCGCUACACACUACAGAUAGAGGUGGAUGACUUCUCCAUGACGUUACCCAGCAGCCACCUGGUGCAGCUAGACAUCGAGGUGGAGGACAGCAACGACCAUGCACCCCGCUUCCCGGGGGACCCCGUUACCGUGGUGAUACCUGAGAACAUGGAGCCUGGGGCGUCCAUCUACACCUUCCAGGCCUCGGAUCAGGACGGAUCAGGGCCCAACAGCCUGCUGACCUACUCCAUCCUGCACCAGUACCCUGACCUCACUGACCUCCUGGUGCUUGACCCUUCCACUGGCGUCCUGACCCUGGCACAGGAACUGGACCAUGAGGUCACUUCCUCCCUUAUCCUGGUCGUCCAGGCAACAGACUCCGCCCUGAAUGCCAGCCAACGGCGCUGGGGCUCGGUGACGGUGAGGGUGUUUGUGACAGAUGAGAAUGACAACGCUCCAGUGUUCAGCUCGCCAUCCGCGGUUAGCGUCAUGGAGGACCAGCCUGUGGGUUUCGUGGUUCUCUACGUUGUGGCGCGAGAUGCCGACCAGGGGGAGAACGGACGGGUCAGCUACUUCAUCGAGACUGGCAACGCUGGAGGGACAUUCAGCCUCAACCCUAAUACUGGUUCUCUGUCUAUCCUGAAGGCCAUCGACCGGGAGGAUCAGGACCUGUUGAACCUGACCAUCGUAGCCCAGGACCACGGGGUACCAGCACUCUCAUCCAGCCAGCUGCUGUCUGUCCAGGUCAUCGACGUGAACGACCAGGUGCCCUGGUUCCAGGAGAACCAAUACCAAGCCCAGAUUACAGAGAACCAGCCUGCAGGAACCACUGUUCUGGUAGUGUCGGCCUCCGACCUGGACCAAGGUACCAACGGCCAGGUGACAUAUGGAGGCAUCUCUGACGAGGGUUUUAGCAUCCACCCAGCUACAGGUGUUAUAACCACCACUAAAGCCCUGGACAGAGAGGCACAGGAACAAUACACACUGACAGUGUAUGCCCGAGACGGUGGCGUGCCUCCUAACUUUGCCCGGGUGGCAGUGAGGAUCCAGGUGUUGGAUGAGAAUGACAACGCCCCAGCAUUCAGUAGACUGUACUACAGUCUGGAGGUGCCUGAGAACAUGGAGGCUGUUGAGCUUUUCACCCUCAGAGCUAUUGACCAGGACACUGGGGACAGCGGAGAGAUGACCUACAAGAUCACAACGGGGGACCCGUCAGGUGACUUCCGUGUGGACAGGAAGUCAGGUGUUCUCUCCACCUCCAGACCGCUGGACAGGGAACGUAGGGCCAGGUACAGUCUGACAGUGACAGCCCUUGACGGGGGCUCUCCGGCCCUGAGCAGCACGGCCACAGUAGAGGUCACUCUCCUGGACGUCAACGACCACAGCCCCCAGUUCACCAGCCCCAGCUACACCACUGACCUCUCUGAGGAUGUUCCUAUUGGCUCCCUGGUGCUGGAGGUCUCUGCUACUGACCUGGACCAAGGGUUUAACAGCCAGGUGCUGUACUUCCUGUCGCGUGGCUCCCAGGGCAUGUUCAUCAUCGACCAGCACACGGGACAUGUCAUCACCGCCGCUCCGCUCGACCGAGAACGAACCACGUUGUACACUUUCGAUGUCUGCGCCAUAGACUCGUCCCCCGCCAGCCCUCGCAACUCCACCGCCACGGUCACUGUUUAUGUACAGGACGUGAACGACAACGCUCCAUUCUUCAUCCAGGACCCCCUCGUCAUCAACAUCUCAGCCUCCAGUGUCUCCUCCCAUCGCGUCCUGUCCACCAUGCGGGCGGAGGAUAGGGAUUUUGGGGCCAACGGCUCACUGUUCUACCGCUUCGCCAGCCCUGUCCGGGGCUUCACCAUCAACUCUCUGACCGGGGACAUCCAGGCUACAGAGAUGCUGCAGGGACUGACCCAGGGCCAGAGGACUCUGAUUGUAGAGGCUAUGGACCAGGGAAGCCCAGCUCAGUCCUCUCUAGGGGUGGUGGUCAUCUACAUCAGAGAACAGACCUACAGGGGGAUCCGCUUCUCACGCCACGCUAGAGACGUCAGCCUGCAGGAGAACGCCGCCAAAGGUACCGCUGUGGUGCAGACUCAGGCCCAGUACCCUGAUGGAUCCCGUAGUGGGAUCAGUUACAGCAUCUUCAGCGGCAACACCCUACACUCCUUUGGAAUCAGCUCCUCCACUGGUGAGAUCUGGGUACAGAGCUCCAUGGGGCUGGACUAUGAGGAGACCCCUAGACUCCGCCUAGUGGUGAAGGCUGAAACUGCAUCCUCCAGUUCCUUCAUGGCGGUCAACCUGAUCCUUCAGGACGUCAAUGACAACCUGCCACGCUUCCAGCUGCAGAACUAUGUAGCCUACAUACGAGAGGCACAGGGAUAUCAUUUCCCUAUCAUACAGGUGGUGGCUGAUGACCUGGACCAGGGCCAGAAUGGUCAGGUGACCUACAGUCUGAGGUCGUCGUCUCUCAGCGGUCUGUUCAAGAUCGACCCGCUGACCGGAAGCAUCACCACCGCCGCUAUCAUGGACCGAGAGAUCUGGACACAAACCAAGCUGGUUGUUACGGCAACGGACCGGGGCACACCACGAUUGGCCGGCUCGGCGACCCUCACGGUGAUAAUCGUGGACCUCAAUGACAAUAGUCCUACAAUCCCCUUGCCGCGCGAGAUCAGAGUGCCAGAGAACACUCUGAUUGGCUCGGUAAUAACCCAGGUGACUGGAAACGACGUUGACUCAGGCCCAACCCUGUCCUACACCCUCCACCUGGACCCGUCCUCCCAGGGCGUGUUUGGGAUCCACCGCUACGGGGGCGGGGUGUCUCUGACCGCCCCUCUGGACUACGAGGAGAGGACCUGGUACACGCUGACUGUCAGGGCUACUGACUCCAAACACCAGACUGAAGCUAACCUCACCAUACUGGUGGAGGAUGUCAAUGAUAACGCUCCUACGUUCACACAGGAUCUUUACCAGGUGAUUCUGGCAGAGCACACCCCAGCUGGCAGUGCAGUUGUCACUGUGACAGCCACGGACCGCGACUCUGGAGAGAACGGCCGUGUCAUGUACAGAGUGAUGUCAUCAACCCGGGACAUCUUCUACAUCGACCCCAGCAAUGGUACCCUGUUCAUCACCCAGCAGGCAGAGUUUGACCCUGAGAACCCUUCUAUCCUGGUGGUAAUAGAGUCCAGAGACAUGGGAACACCAGCCCUCUCCUCCACCGCUACUGUACAGGUCCAGGUGACUGACGUCAACGACAACGCGCCCGUCUUCCACCAAUCAGAGUACAGAGCCACGGUGUCGGAGGACGGUCUCCCGGGCGCCACCAUCCUGACCCUGGAGGCGGCCGACGGCGACACGUCACGCGACAACUGCGGCUUUGACUUCACUAUAGCCAGCGGAAACGCAGGCAAUGCCUUCCAGAUUGAAAGCAGCGUACGCUUCCUAGAAGGACGGGGCUUCCAGACAGUAGGCAGCCUGGUAUUGACCGGUGAGGGGCUGGACUUUGAGGCGGUGUCCAGUUACAACCUGACCGUGGUCGUGUCGGACCGCGGCGUGCCCCAGAGGAGCUCGGCUGUCUCUGCUCUGAUCAGUGUGACAGAUACUAAUGACAACCCUCCGGCGUUCAGCAGGGCAGAGUACAGUGUGGUGGUGAGUGAAGGAGCAGCCACAGGGACUGAGGUCCUCAGCCUGUCUGCAACAGACCCAGACUCCCCGGCAGUAGGGAAGGUGCAGUACCUGAUCAGCUCUGGGGAUGAGACGGGUAUGUUCCAGGUAGACCGCUGGACCGGAGCCCUGAUGCUGCAGAGACCACUGGACAGCGAGAGACAGGCAUCCCAUGUGAUCAUUGUGCAGGCGACAGAUGGACAGGGUCACUAUGCGCUGGCUCCUGUCACUGUGGAGGUGAAGGACAUUAAUGACAACAGACCUUACUUCCCUCUGCCCAUCCUCACCGCCAGCGUCAGAGAGAACCAGCCUCACAACACCCUUGUCACCAUGCUGCACGCCAUCGACCAGGACACGGGAGUCUUCGGACAGCUGAGGUACUACAUGUUGGACAAGACUGGAGAGGGGAAAGACUCCUUCCUGCUCAACCAGACGUCAGGCGAGGUCCGGACUCGCUCCACCUUUGACUUUGAGAAGGUCAACUUGUUCAACUUUGUAGCUCUAGCCAUGGACGCAGGGAACUACUCUGCCACGGUGACCAUCCAGGUGUACGUGAUGGGGGAGGAUGAGUACGACCCUGUGUUCUCCGACUUAGAGUUCUCCUUCCUGGUUCCUGAGGGGGCGAAGAAGGGCCAGAGCAUCGGUCAGGUGACAGCCAGAGACGAGGAUGAGGGAGUGGACGGGAUUGUUCUGUACUCCCUAGCUGACCCCUCGCCCUACUUCCAGGUCAAUGCAUCGACAGGUGUGGUCUCCCUGAAGAUGGACAGCCACGUUCGACACAUGAGUAGGGCCAAGAGGGAGGUCCGUGUGAUGACCCUUGACCUGACGGCCCACAGCCCUCUGGAGACAUCCCGCGUGGCCACCGCCCGCCUCACCGUUGACGUGACAAACACGUCCUUCGGCCUGGUGUCGGACAUGAACCUGCUGCUGGUCAGUGUGAUCGCUGUGUCCCUGGGAGCCAUCCUCAUCCUCAUCUUCAUCGCCAUGUCUCUGUUUUGUGUGAGACUGAGACGUCAGAGGAAGGAGCAGCAGAGUCGCUGCAGACCUCCAGCCUCUCCCGGCCACGGCACCAUGCUACACAAACUAGAAGAGACUAAAGUUACCGACACUGACCGGAACGACCGCAUCUACCAUCAGGCCUUACCAGGGUACGUUUCCGACCAAACAGGGAGUGGAGGGGGAGGGCCAUACCCCCGCGGGGGCUCCCUGGACCCAUCCCACUCCAGCGGGCGUGGCUCAGCGGAGGCGGCGGAGGACGAUGAGAUCCGGAUGAUCAACGAGUACCCCCGUGUCUCCUCCAUCUCUUCAUCCAUGCAGGAACACAUCUCAGCCCGCGGGCCAGACUCUGGUAUCCAGCAGGACGCUGACCAGCUGUCUGACAUCUCGUGUGAACCCAACAUUGACGCCAACCAGUGGUUUAAGGCCAAGAAGCUGGCCAAUCUCAGUGGGACUCUGCUGGCUGGGCAGGUGCCUGUCUACAGGGAGGAUGGAGGAGGUUAUCUGGGGGUAGGGAGGGGGCUGAACAUCUCCCACCCUAAAGACUAUGCCUUCCCAGUGGAUGGUAAACCCGCUGUGGACGGCUCCCUCACAGCCAUAGUGGCCAGUGAUGAGGAGCUGAGGGGUAGUUAUAACUGGGACUACCUGCUGAACUGGUGUCCACAGUUCCAGCCAUUAGCAAGUGUCUUCACGGAGAUAGCGAGGUUAAAGGAUGAGACGGCCACUCCUAACCCUCGCAGACCGCUCCAGCACAAAGCCAAGGUGGACCCCAAACCCCCUCGCAUUGACCCCCCGCCCCUAAUCACCUCCAUAGCCCACCCCGGGGCGAAGACAGUCCCGGUCAAGCCUGCUCCUGUCAAGCCCUCUGUGGGGAGGUCCUCCUUCCCCCACCUGGCCUCCCUACGGAGGUCCCCCAUCAGUCACGAGGGCUCCCCCUCCUCAGUAGCCAUGUCCCCCAGCUUUUCCCCCUCCCUGUCCCCCCUGGCCGCCCGCUCCCCGGCCAUCAUACCCUUCGGGGUCACCCAGGGCCCCUCAGCCUCCAUGAUCAGCACCACUGAACACAGCAUGGAGCACAUUGAAGAGGCCGAGAUGAGGAUAUAGACUCUAUCGACUCACAGGUGAGGAUAUAGACUCUAUCGACUCACAGGUGAGGAUAUAGACUCUAUCGACUCACAGGUGAGGAUAUAGACUCUAUCGACUCACAGGUGAGGAUAUAGACUCUAUCGACUCACAGGUGAGGAUAUAGACUCUAUCGACUCACAGGUGAGGAUAUAGACUCUAUCGACUCACAGGUGAGGAUAUAGACUCUAUCGACUCACAGGUGAGGAUAUAGACUCUAUCGACUCACAGGUGAGGAUAUAGACUGUAUCGACUCACAGGUGAGGAUAUAGACUGUAUCGACUCACAGGUGAGGAUAUAGACUCUAUAGACUCACAGGUGAGGAUAUAGACUCUAUAGACUCUGAGGUACUGGAGAUUGGAAGACUGAUACUGAGUUAUUGUUCCUCAAAAAACAGAAGUGUUGUCUCAAUUGACACUCUAUUUAGGUUGCAGGGUGGUACCCCUCCUAUUGUGUAAUGGUCACAGUAUCUGGUGUCAAUAGACUGGAUCGUACAGUGUACCUUCCAUUCUGGCCAGAACACAGAGUGUGGUUAAGUACUGUAGUUAAAUAAUGAAGUAACUCUCAAACCACCAAAGGUGGUAGAUGCAUCAUAAACUAAUGGGACUCUCAAACUGGACUAGAAUCAAAACUGAGACCAAAAUGGAUGUUGCCUGUUCCUGAGGACUUCCUCUUCCCUCGAUCCAAUCAGUGUCAAGAGAACUAAACUACCCAGGAUUUGCACAUUCUAACGGGGAGCCAUGAUGUCAAUAUUUUGUAGAAGAUACCUUUUUUUGUCUAUAUUUUUAUACUGACUUUGGUUUCUGACUAGAAAUGGCACUAAUUCUGUGCCAGAGGGCUGUUAUAGCCUCAGAAUAUAUUUCCUUGUGUGUAUAUUUGUAGCUAUGUAACAGUAUGUUUGAACUGUAUGUUGGUUGUAUCUCAUGUACUUAACCAUUAAUGUGUUUUUGGAACAAAACAAAGCUCUUUAUUUCUAUUAGUGUGAUUGAUUGGGGGGAUAUGCUGUCAUUUCUUGUAAAUAUUUAUUACAGAGGAGUGAAAAAGGAGCUUUUCUUGCUGGAAGAACAAAAAUAAUCUGGUAGCGUGUUGGAUCCCUCUCAUAAUAAUUCAGUGUGCCAUAUGUGUGUCCCAAAUGGCACCUAUUCCCUAUACAAUGCCCUACCUGGUCAAAAGUAGUGCACUAUAAAGGGAAUAGGGUACCAUUUGGGAUGCAAACGUAGUCUUUUGAGUCUUGUUUGAAGGGAUCAGUCAUGUCCUAUACACGUUCCUUUGUUUCUUCCCUCCAGUCUAGUUGAGGUGAACCUGACAUCCAUUCAUCAUGUCCUUCCUUUCAGGUGUCCUUAAUCCCUUAAUCACGAUGAGCCUUACAGGUCUACUUGGUAUUCUAGUGGCACAGUAGACACAGACAAGGGCAGAACUACUCAGACAUAGACAGACAGGGGAGGUCAGAAAGAUUAUAGAGACCAGCAGCAAUAGAACUAAGAAAAAAAACAAUGUCAUGUAAUUCAGCAGACCGGUCUAGUUGUUAUUCUAGAGGCAGCUAACCUGCAGUUGCAGUUGCUGCUAAACACCUGCAACUGUCAUUUCCUGCAAUCUAGAACAAAACAUUUCCUUAAAAGUUGAUAAAUAAAGUAAACACAUUUUUUUGGCACAGCCAAGGACACAGGUUGGCGCAGCGCCCCUCAUACAUUCUUUGUGGAAAACCCUGAGGUUUGAGUUGGGUUUUUUGGUGUACCUCUGACAGAUUAAAUAAGGGUUGUGUGUACCUCUGACUGACUGAAUAAGGGUUGUGUGUACCUCUGACCGACUGAAUAAGGGUUGUGUGUACCUCUGACCGACUGAAUAAGGGUUGUGUGUGUACCUCUGACAGACUGAAUAAGGGUUGUGUGUUUACCUCUGACAGACUGUAUAAGGGUUGUGUGUACCUCUGAACGACUGAAUAAGGGUUGUGUGUUUACCUCUGACAGACUGUAUAAGGGUUGUGUGUGUACCUCUGACAGACUGUAUAAGGGUUGUGUGUGUACCUCUGACAGACUGUAUAAGGGUUGUGUGUACCUCUGAACGACUGAAUAAGGGUUGUGUGUUUACCUCUGACAGACUGUAUAAGGGUUGUGUGUACCUCUGACAGACUGUAUAAGGGUUGUGUGUGUACCUCUGACAGACUGUAUAAGGGUUGUGUGUACCUCUGAACGACUGAAUAAGGGUUGUGUGUGUACCUCUGACAGACUGUAUAAGGGUUGUGUGUGUACCUCUGACAGACUGAAUAGGGUUGUGUGUGUACCUCUGACAGACUGAAUAAGGGUUGUGUGUGUACCUCUGACAGACUGAAUAAGGGUUGUGUGUGUACCUCUGACAGACUGUAUAAGGGUUGUGUGUGUACCUCUGACAGACUGAAUAAGGGUUGUGUGUACCUCUGACAGACUGAAUAAGGGUUGUGUGUGUACCUCUGAACGACUGAAUAAGGGUUGUGUGUUUACCUCUGACAGACUGUAUAAGGGUUGUGUGUGUACCUCUGACAGACUGAAUAGGGUUGUGUGUGUGUACCUCUGACAGACUGAAUAGGGUUGUGUGUGUGUACCUCUGACAGACUGAAUAAGGGUUGUGUGUGUACCUCUGACAGACUGAAUAGGGUUGUGUGUGUGUACCUCUGACAGACUGAAUAGGGGUGUGUGUGUACCUCUGACAGACUGAAUAGGGUUGUGUGUGUGUACCUCUGACAGACUGAAUAGGGUUGUGUGUGUGUACCUCUGACAGACUGAAUAAGGGUUGUGUGUGUACCUCUGACAGACUGUAUAAGGGUUGUGUGUUUACCUCUGACAGACUGUAUAAGGGUUGUGUGUGUGUACCUCUGACAGACUGAAUAAGGGUUGUGUGUGUACCUCUGACAGACUGUAUAAGGGUUGUGUGUUUACCUCUGACAGACUGUAUAAGGGUUGUGUGUUUACCUCUGACAGACUGUAUAAGGGUUGUGUGUGUACCUCUGACAGACUGUAUAAGGGUUGUGUGUGUACCUCUGACAGACUGUAUAAGGGUUGUGUGUGUACCUCUGGCAGACUGUAGCUCACUAAGCUCAUCUCAGUAUCGAUGGGAUUCUCUCCAGCAUCCUGGACCAGGAGAAGCUUGUAGCAACAGAUAUUUUCAUAAUUUCUUUGCAGGGGAUGUUCCACAAAGCCAGAUGAAUCUCUGAAAUACUGCUUCUCAAAUCACAUGCAGGACUGAACCUAGAAAGAACACUCAUCAAAACGGUGUUGUUGAGAUUUGCCUAUCUGUUCUCUCUUAGUUCCUUCUCUGAACUACAGUAAUGUAAGUUAUCAAUAUUGUUAGUUUGCAGCAUUGUUAGUUUACACUACGCCUGGAGUUAGGUGUAACUAGCUACUAACUAGUGUCUGUUGAGAUACCACUUCUUGGUAUCAGAAUGUAACACCAAACUGAGUCCCAAAUGGCACCCUAUUCCCUAUAUAGUACUUUUGACCAGGGCCCUAUUGGGGUAUUUUCCUCCGCAAAAAGAGUGCACUUCCCUAUACAGUAGUUCACUAAGUUAUUUGGGAUGCAACCCAUGUAGACCUGCAUGACCUUCAGCUCGUAGCUUACUGUCUGUUGUCUGAUAGAAAAACAAGUUCAAUUUAAGUGGUUUUGGCAGCCUGUACUAAAUACCCCUGUGUAAGGUUGUAUUUAUGGUUAGCUAGCCUUCUGCCAUGGACUAAAUCGGGAGACUCCAUUUUCCUUCAUUCAUCACGGUGGAGCUUCUUCCAGGCUGACAGUUUUGGAGGCUUUGUACCGUUUUUAAUUGUUAACAUGUUAAAUGAAGAAACGUUACCUUUAUUGGCUCUGAGAAACUACACUACAUCCUUGAGACACAGAGGCUAUGUUCCAAAUGGCACCUUAUUCCCUAUAGUGUGCUGCAAAAGUAGUGCUCCAUGUAGGGAAUAGGGUGCCAUUUGGAACACACUCUGUGAUGGAUGCUAAUUAGUACUCAGCUCCACUCCAACUUAGAAAUCUUUAAAGGUGUUUGUUAAGUCAUGUUAAACUGCCCCUAAAACACAAGGCUAUUUACAGUUGAAGUCGGAAGUUUACAUGCCCUUAGGUUGGAGUCAUUAGAACUCCUUUUUCAACCACUCCACAAAUUUCUUGUUAAUAAACCAUAGUUUUGGCAAGUCGGUUUGGACAUCUACUUUGUGCGUGACACAAAUCAUUUUUCCAACAAAUUGUUUACAGACAGAUUAUUUCACUUAAAAUUCACUGUAUCACAAUUCCAGUGGGUCAGAAGUGUACAUACACUAAGUUGACUGUGCCUUUAAACAGCUUGGAAAAUGCCAGAAAAUGAUGUCAUGGCUUUAGAAGCUUCUAUUAGGCUAACUGGCAUCAUUUGAGUCAAUUGAAAGUGUACCUGUGGAUCUAUGUCAAGGCCUACCUUCAGACUCAGUACCUCUUUGCUUGACAUGGGGAAAUCAAAAGAAAUCCGCCAAGACCUCAGAAAAAAUUGUAGACCUCCACAAGUCAGCUUCAUCCUUGGGAGCAAUUUCCAAACGCCUGAAGGUACCAUGUUCAUCUGUACAUAUAAUAGUACGCAAGUGUAAACACCAUGGAACCACGCAGCAGUCAUACCGCUCCGGAAGGAGACUCGUUCUGUCUCCUAGAGAUGAACGUACUUUGGUGUGAAAAGUGCAAAUCAGCCCCAGAACAACAGCAAAGGACCUUGUGAUGAUGCUGGAGGAAACAGGUACAAAAGUAUCUAUAUCCACAGUAAAACGAGUCCUAUAUUGACAUAACCUGAAAGGCUGCUAAGCAAGGAAGAAGCCACUGCUCAAAAACCGCCAUAAAAAAAGCCAGACUACGGUUUGCAACUGCACAUGGGGACAAAGAUCGUACUUUUUGGAGAAAUGUCCUCUGGUCUGAUGAAACAAAAAUAGAACUGUUUGGCCAUAAUGACCAUCGUUAUGUUUGGAGGAAAAAGUGGGAUGCUUGCAAGCCGAAGAACACCAUCCCGACCGUGAAGCACGGGGGUGGCAGCAUCAUGUUGUGUGGGUGCUUUGCUGCAGGAGGGACUGGUGCACUUCACAAAAUUGAUGGCAUCAUGAGGAUGGAAAAUUAUGUGGAUAUAUUGAGGCAAUAUCUCAAGACAUCAGUCAGGAAGUUAAAGCUUGGUCGCAAAUGGGUCUUCCAUAUGGGCAAUAACCCCAAGCAUACUUCCAAAGUUGUGGCAAAAUGGCUUAAGGACAACAAAGUCAAGUUAUUGGAGUGGCCAUCACAAAGCCCUGACCUCAAUCCUAAAUAAAAUUUGUGGGCAGAACUGAAAAAGCAUGUGCGAGCAAGGAGGCCUAGAAACCUGACACAGUUACACCAGCUCUGUCAGGAGGAAUGGGCCAAAAUUCACCCAACUUGUUGUGGGAAUCUUGUGGAAGUCUAUCCGAAACGUUUGACCCACGUUAAACAAUUUAAAGGCAAUGCUACCAAAUACUAAUUGAGUGUAUGUAACGCACUGGGAAUGUGAUGAAAGAAAUAAAAGCUGAAAGAAAUAAUUCUCUCUACUAUUAAUUCUGACAUUUCACAUUCUUAAAAUAAAGUGGUGAUCCUAACUGACCUAAGACAGGGAAUUUUUUACUUGGAUUAAACAUCAGGAAUUGUGAAAAACUGAGUUUCAAUGUAUUUGGCUAAGGUGUAUGUAAACUUCCGACUUCAACUCUGUUUAAAAUUAAGAAGCUUGGAUAUCAUGUUGUUUUGAGCUCUUACUUAGUUCAUUCAUCAGUUUGUUAUUUAUAAAAUUGUACAUCCUAUUUCUUCCCGCACGUAGCCCAUAAUAUACUUGUUCCCCACAUAUCAUUUAUCUGCCCUGAUGUGCUAGGUGUUUGUUCUUCUUGUCAAAGUGCCUGAUUAAAGUACUUAUGUGAACACAA